AUGGCCCGGAAGCCGGCGACUAAGGUGCCCGUUCCUCCUGCGCUGGGAGAUGAUGCCGCGGAGCGCAAGCGAGUCUUGAACAUCCUUGCACAGAGGAGAUACCGAAAGAGAAAGAAGGAGCGUCUCCAGGCGCUAGAGUCUCGCACUAAAGGGUCUGGGCUUCCUGGGGACACUCUUGUGGCUAAUCAGCAAGAUAGCCAAUCUAGUGGAAACUCCUCAGAGGCUGGCAAUGUUGUGCAUGAUAUACCAAGGCCUGUGGCUGAGGAUGGCAACUUCUUCGCCGGUGAUGGUAUACGUAAUGAGGAUAUCAUCGAUCUUGACUUCAACUAUAUGGAUGCACCAAUGAAUGUGGGCUUGAACAAUGAAGAUACAAACAGCAUUCUCUGUUCUACCCCAUGGCCCAAAGCGCAAAUGAUGAGUUCGCUAAGCUUGCCACCAUCGGAGACUUUACAAUCAGAGAGUUCACUUAUGCUUCCAGCUACGACUGUGGGGGAUACCUUCUGGAGUCAACUGGCAGGGAUCUCGGGUUGGAACAUGGAGUCCCAUGAUCUUCAUAAUAUCGAGAACCAACUUGUAGAGUCUUUCCCACUCAACAUCGAUGGUACAUUUGAUUUAUCGGCAGAGCUCCAGACUGACGAUACCUCGUUUUUCACAUUCCCCGAUGAUCGGAUACUUGAAGUCCCUUCUCUGACGCUGCUCAACGCUGCUAUGAAAGUGGCACAGCGGUUGAAUAUCAACGGCUUGAUUUGGGACUUUACCGCUGUUAGCCCCUUCUACAACCCUGUCAGCUCAAAUAACUCCGUCUCGUCGCCUCCAUCUCUGGAAACCGGGCUAUCAUCCUCGGCAACAUCGCCCGCAAGUUCAAUUGAUCUCACCGAACUUCCAUCCCACCUGCUUCCCACGCGUACUCAGCGUUCGAUCCCUCACCAUCCGAUUAUUGAUCUUCUCCCUUGGCCGAAUACUCGAGAUAAGUUGAUCCAAGUUUUCCAUCUUCCCGUCAGUCUACGGCCAUCAACUGCUCAAGAUCCAAUGGGUCUUCUUCGACUGGUCUACGAUAUGGAGGACGGGGGUGGUGAAGGAGUAAGGAUUAGCGGUGAUGAUCCCUUUGAGCCAGCUGUCUGGGAGAUCGGGCAGGUUGUCUUUGCGAGGUGGUGGUGGGCGUUUGAAAUCAGUGUGGUGGAAAGAAGUAAUCGGGCUCGGGGGAAUAGAGGAGAAAGAAUAUUAUCAUUGGAAAGCCAAAGCUGA